AACGAUAACUUCGUUUUUCUUUUUCCUAUAUACCCUCGCCGCUGUCUUACAGGCCAGAGGUGGGGCCAUUGGCUGCAAAACGUGUGUCCCUUGGCUCGGAUGCUGCUAAACACUGAUGUGGAACAAAACGGUGUCCAGCUCACAAACGUAUCCCACAGCAAUGGAGAAGGAAACGACAACCUGGCCUUUGAUUCAGGGGAUGACAUUAAUGCAGAUUCUAACAGCAUCAAAACAGAGCCUAAAAGGACUAAAAGGGGUUUGGGAACAUAUUUAAGCCAUGUUUCCACGCCAAUAAACGCCGCAGAGAAAUACGUCAAGGCUCACUCAAGCAUCUUCAAGUACAUUGUCCUGGGCGUACUUGGAGCAGGUUAUGUGGCUUACUUCGUCGCAGCCUGUGUGUUGGAUUUCAGGAGGGCCACUGCUCUUGUUGUCCUAACUUGUUUGGCUAUUGCCGCACAAACGUUUGAACUUGUGGAGAAAUACCAGGGAAAGAGGAUCAGUCGGUGGUUCAAACCCUUAGCCAGAUGCUUUAAAUCAAACUUGAGAUGGCUAAAAUGGGUUUUCGUCUUAGUGGUUGUGGUCUUGCUUGUGGUAUGGCUCGUUUUAGACACAAGCAACCGCCCCGAGCAACUUAUCUCUUUUGGAGGUGUGUGUGCGUUUGUCCUGCUUAUAUUCCUCUUCUCAGCACACAGAGGAGCGGUAUCAUGGAGGCCUGUGUUUUGGGGUCUCGUGUUGCAGUUCUGUAUCGGCCUUUUCGUCAUACGGACAGACCCUGGUUUUAUAGCUUUCGACUGGCUUGGAACACAAGUGCAGACAUUCCUUAACUACACCAUAAGUGGCUCAGCCUUUGUUUUUGGGGAUCUGAUUAACGGCAUUUUUGCCUUUCAAGCUAUGCCCAUUGUUGUGUUCUUCAGCAGCGUGAUGUCGGUCCUUUACUAUCUGGGGAUAAUGCAGUGGAUCAUCUUGAAGAUCUCAUGGAUUUUGCAGAUAACGUUGGGAACCUCUCCCACUGAGACCUUGAGUGUGGCAGGCAAUAUAUUCAUUGGACAGACUGAAGCGCCGCUGCUGAUUCGCCCCUAUUUGAAGGAUAUGACCAAAUCUGAGAUCCAUGCUGUUAUGGUUGGCGGAUUUGCCACAAUUGCAGGCAGUGUCAUGGGGGCAUUUAUCUCAUUUGGGAUAGAGGCGUCUGCCUUGAUAUCAGCCUCUGUGAUGGCUGCCCCUUGUGCGCUGGCGAUCUCCAAGCUGUCGUACCCAGAGACAGAAAACACUAAAUUCACAAAGACGAGUGUCAAAGUGGCUGCUGGCGAUGAAGGGAACAUUUUGGAAGCUAUUAGCAGUGGAGCGUCCGCAUCGAUAGGCCUCGUUGCAAACAUUGUAGCCAAUCUGAUAUCCUUUCUUGCCAUCCUCGCGUUCAUAAAUUCAGCUUUAAGUUGGUUCGGAGGUAUGGUGGGAUAUCCUGAAGUCACAUUUCAGUUACUUUGCUCCUACGUGUUUAUGCCGGUGGCCUUUUUGAUGGGAAUACCUUAUGAUGAGAGCUUCACUGUGGCUGAGCUAAUUGGCACAAAGCUCUUCAUCAAUGAGUUUGUGGCUUAUCAGGACUUAUCUGCACUGAAGGCCAACAGACUCAAUGGACUUGAUGAAGUUAUUGGAGGUGUCAGACAGUGGAUAUCUGUACGAUCAGAAACAAUCUCCACCUACGCCCUUUGUGGGUUUGCCAAUUUCAGCUCACUGGGUAUUAUGAUUGGAGGCUUAUCCUCCAUAUGUCCAUCAAGAAGAGGCGAAUUCUCUGCUUUGGUGCUGAGAGCCAUGAUCACUGGGACAUGUGUGUCUCUUGUCAAUGCUAGUAUUGCAGGAAUUCUCUUUGUUCCUUCGCCUGACUGUGUGGGGCUGUUCAAGGAAUCAGUCUUCAAUGCAUCAAAUGUAAACAUUCAAACUUGCUGCAACGACCUCUUUGGCAGCGCUGUAAACAACGGGACCUCUGUAAUAUUCGAAGGAGCAUGGAGCACAGUAUUAAACGUCACAACAUAUUUCUCCAAGUGUUGUCAGUGUUGUGAUCUGUCUAAUUUGGCAGUUUGUAACUAAAAAAAGAAUAAUGACAAUAGGCCUCAUGCAGGGACAUUCUAGCAAGUUCAUCCUAAACUUCUCAGACAUUUUAUGAAAAAGUACUUUAUGUACAAGUGUAAAAUGUUCCAAGUUGGAUUUGCCAAACUGAAAACUUGUUUCAGGUAUACAAGGGACGCAUUUUUGUGAAGACAUGCACAUUUAAGCCCCAGAAACUAUUACACAAAGCUGUCUGUUUCAUUCCAUUUGACACAUUUAGCAGGGUGAGAAUCGGGAGCUUAGGAUUCAGAACAAUAAAAUAUUAAUUCAAUGGUUUGGCACAAAAUUACACACUAAAAACUACAUUUCAGAAGCAGAGCAGAUCACGAUGAGAGGUGGUCAGGGGGGAUGUGACAGCUAUGAAGGCAUUAGAUGAGGUAAUAUUACAGCAUGAUGUAACUGCUGUGCCACUGGAAUAUCUGCUAAUAGAAUGGCAACAGAAAGCAGUAAUGUACAAGUAAAGUAUAAACCUCUCAGUGAAUUUUAUUUUCAUUCAUGUCAGUAUUAUAUUUAAAAUUCCUGCAGGUUAAGGCAUUAUGAGUGGCAGGAUAUCUUUAUAUGACACUUACUUAUUAGAACUUAUUAGAACACACACAAGUUUCACUCAAAACAAACAUGAAAUUUGAAGUAUAAAAAAACAGUUGACAGUCUUAAAAUUCUGUUAAAUCACUUCUUCUUGCAUGAGGCCCAGUGUCUGUUGUUAAACUGUAGUUCAAUUACACGUCUCUCCAUGUUUGUAUAUUUGUGUCACAGCUGAUGUAAAAAUGUAAAGCCACUACACAUGUUUUACAGAUGAUUGUAUUUUUCAUGUAUUAUAUUGUAAAUUAAUUUAAAUGCCAGCUUAUAUUUAAAAGGCAGGGAUUAGGAGGAUUCACCUCAACAAAUAUACCUCAGGAAGUAUUCAGGCAUCAGUAUGAUGAAUAUAAAUAUUUCAAAUAAAAUUGAGAAAGUCAGUUGUUUUGUAAUGUUAUUGCUAAGUGUACGCAGUUUUUGGAAAAAACAAACAGGAUUUGGAAAUGAACAUCAUGCUUGGACAGCUUUUACACAUUUAUUUAAAAAACACCAAUCGUCAGCUGACAUGAUGUGAAAUACUAAAGAGAGCACACGUUGUAAACACACAUUUGUUCUCUCGCUCAGUCAUUCACACGCUCCCUCACACAUUUACUAUUUUUAUUCACGCUACUUCAGAUAUUUAGUCCUUUGACUUUAUGUACACUUAAAAACAAUACAACAUUUGGGUUUACACCACACCUCGAUGACUGUGUUUUAACAUCAUCAUCUUGUUUUUCUGUUUCAAUUAUUUUAGCUCCAUUUAAAAUGUUGCCUCUGGGAUUGUGUUUUUUUUUUUCUAUGAACAAAGUUUCAUGCAAUUAAUGGACUCCAAAGUGGCUAAAAACUCUAAUUAAUCUUUAACCAAAAAUCAAUUGGAUAAAUUCCUAAAGAGUUCUAGUCAGUUUGUGAAUUGUAAAAGGGAACUGACCUCUGUUGGAAUUUAACCACACAUACUUGUGCAAACUCGUGAAAUAACUUACCAGGUUUUAUUUUUAUUCUAUUCCUAAUGUCCUUGCUGGUGUGUUUACUGCUGACCGUUUGUCAAAACUAUCACAAACUAAUCUCUUCUUCAGGUAAAGCUGCUGAAAAAAAUCCCACAGUGAGCACUACUCGUUGAUAAAUAAACUCAUGAAAAUUCA